ACCAUGCUGAACGUGCUGCUGCUGUGCUGUGGGCUGCUGCAGGGGAUCCAGGCUGUGCUGGAUCUCAGGACUGCUGACCUGAGCUGUGGCCACGUGCAGAAGGCGAGCGGCGGGCUGGAGCGGGUGGACAGAGCCCGCCAGGCCAGCCUGCAGCGCAAGGGCAAGGAGGCGUCUGCGGAGCCGGCAGGAGCUCUCCCAAGGCUGGGGUUUGAGCAGAUGGCCCUGGGGGUCCAAGAAGCUGAUGGUGACCUUGUGCAGAGAGGCAGCCUGCUGGAACCACAGGCAUCAUCCACAGAGCUGCAAGCCGAGGGCCGUGAGGAGCGCUCCCCCCGCCGCUGUGUCCGCCUGCUGGAGUCCUGCCUGGGCCACCAGAUCCCCUGCUGCGACCCCUGUGCCACCUGCUACUGCCGCUUCUUCAACGCCUUUUGCUACUGCAGGAAAAUCAGCACCACCUUCCCCUGCGGCAAGAACUAG